AUGACACCUCCAUCUCCCAUGGACAUUGACGACUUGUCUCUCCUAUUCGAAGAAAAUGCCCGCUUGCAUGGAAAUGUCUGGCAUAUCAGUGAUGAACUGAGCACCAUGCAGGGACAGGUAGCACAGACCAGAGGAGGAAUGACUCGUAUGGGGAGACAACAAGAAAAACAGCAGAUUGAGCUGGAUAACCUCCACCAAAAAAUGAACUAUCACCAUAGCAACUGGAUGAACUGCAAUUCAAGGAUGACUGCUAUGGAGAAUCAAAAUGAUAUUGCUCUCUCUCUCGCACAUGGAAUAGAAGAAAGGCAUGUAGCAUUCAAAGAAAGUCAUGAAACACUCGAAGAAAGGCAUGUAGAACUCGAAGAAAACCAUCAAACACUCGAAGAAAGGCAUGCAACGCUCGCAGUAGACCACGCAGAAUUGGUUGCAAGGCACACCGAGUUGUCCAAUGCGGUGGCCCAAUGGAUGAAUUUCUGGUGA